GUAUUGAUCAUCCAUUAUCAAAAGAUAUACAAAAUCUUGAAAAAGAUAUUGAAGCAUUAGAAGGUAUAUGGUCAAUGGCACUUGAUUGGAAUCAAAUGUUUGAUAAAUGGAAAUUAACAACAUUUGGAAAUCUUCAAACACAAGUUAUGGAAGAUUAUGCUCAAGCACAAUAUAAAAAAUUACAUAAAUUAUCAAAAGAUUUUCGUGAAAAAAAUUGGGAAAUUAUUGAUUCAACUAAAAGUCGUGUUGAUCAAUUUCGACGUACAAUGCCUUUAAUGAAAGAUUUACAUAAUAAAGAUAUGAGAGAUCGUCAUUGGAGACGUAUUAAAGAUGAAUCACAAAAAGAAUUUGAUGAAUCAUCAGAAGAUUUUACUUUAGAAGCUAUUAUUAAUAUGCAUUUUGAAGAAAAUGCACAAUUAAUUAAUGAAAUUAGUGAAGCAGCACAAAAAGAAGCACAAAUUGAACGUGGUAUUGAAAAAAUUAGAGAACAAUGGGAAAAAGUCGAAUUUGAGAUUACACCAUUUAAAGAUAAAGGUCAUUUUAAAAUCAAAUCAACUGAAGAAAUUAAUAAAACCAUUGAAGACCAUCAAAUAUCAUUAUCAACAUUUAAAGCAUCUCGUUUUAUUAAACCAUUUGCUAAAGAAGUUGAUAAAUGGGAACGUGAUAUAUCUCAUGUUCUUGAAGUAACUGAAUUAUGGUUAACUGUUCAACGACAAUGGUUAUAUCUUGAAAACAUUUUCUAUGGUGAAGAUAUUCGUCGUCAAUUAGCUAAAGAAACUGCUUUAUUUGAUGAAGUUAAUGAAAAAUGGAAAGCUGUUAUGACAACAUUAAAUCAAUCACCAAAUGCAUUUCAUGCAACACAUUUAGAAGGUGUUGAUAAAGAAUUACAAUAUAUGAAUUCUAAUCUUGAAGAAAUACAAAAAUCUCUUGAGAUGUAUUUAGAAAAUAAACGUCGACAAUUUCCAAGAUUUUAUUUUAUAUCAAAUGAUGAUUUACUUGAAAUCUUAGGUCAAUCAAAAAAUCCACCUGGUGUUAUGCCACAUAUGAAAAAAUUAUUUGAUAAUAUUAAAACAUUAACUUUAGUUAAAUCAACUACUAAUGGACCAAUGUCGGCAACAGAAAUGCGUUCAAAUGAAGAUGAAGUUGUUCCAUUUGAGGGUCAAGUUUUACUUGAUGGACAAGUUGAAAAAUGGUUACGUGAUGUUGAAAAUAAAAUGAAAGAAGUUGUUAAACGUAAAGUUUUUGCAUGUCGUCUUGAUUUAUCAAAUUGUGGUACAAAACGUGAAAAAUGGUUAAAAUCUCAUCCAGGUCAAGCAUGUAUAACAGCAAGUCAAAUACAAUGGACAGAAGAAGUACAAAAAUCUUUACGUGAUAAUGUAUUAAAAUUAAGAACAGAUAGAAAAAAACAACAUCUUGUUUUAAGAAAUUUUACUGAUAUGAUUAAAAAAAAUUUAACAAAACUUGAACGUAUUAAACUUGUUUCAUUAGUUACAAUUGAAAUUCAUGCAAGAGAUGUUAUUAAUGAUUUAAUUAAAAAUCAAAUUAAAACUGAAUCAUCAUUUGAAUGGCAACAACAAUUAAGAUUUUAUUGGAGAAAAGAUGAUAUUAUUAUUGAACAAGCUAUUGGAAGAUUUUGGUAUGGUUGUGAAUAUUUAGGAAAUUCUGGAAGAUUAGUUAUUACACCAUUAACUGAUAGAUGUUAUAUGACUUUAACUAUUGCUUUAUCAUUAUGUCGAGGCGGAUCACCAAAAGGACCUGCUGGUACUGGUAAAACUGAAACAGUUAAAGAUUUGGGCAAAGCUAUGGCAUUCUAUGUUAUUGUUACGAAUUGUUCAGAUGCCAUUGAUUAUAAAUCAAUGGGUCGUAUGUUUUGUGGUUAUUGUCAAACAGGUGCUUGGGGUUGUUUUGAUGAAUUUAAUCGAAUUAAUAUUGAAGUACUUUCUGUUGUUGCUCAACAAAUAACAUCAAUAUUAAAUGCAAUGACAACACUUAAAAGUGAAAUUGAAAAUGCUAUACGUGCUAAAACAAAUAUGUCCGAAGAAGAUGCAUUUGCAACAAUUGAUAAACGUUAUUUAAGUAAAAAAUUCACCUUUCAAGGACAAGAUAUUGAUCUUGUUUGGUCAUGUGGAUUAUUUAUUACUAUGAAUCCAGGUUAUGCUGGUCGUACUGAAUUACCAGACAACUUGAAAUCAAUGUUUCGUCCAAUAUCUAUGGUUGUUCCAGAUAGUAAUUAUAUUGCUGAAAUUAUUCUUUUUGGUGAAGGUUUCUCAGAUACACGUUUACUUGCAACAAAAGUUUAUACACUUUAUCAAUUAUGUGCACAACAAUUAUCAAAACAAGACUUUUACGACUUUGGUCUUCGUUCAAUGGCUGCUGUUCUGCGUUAUGCUGGUCGUAAAAAACGUGAUUCACCACAUUUAAAAGAUGAUCAAGUUGUUAUAUUAGCUAUGAAAGAUAUGAAUGUAGCUAAAAUGACUGAACCAGAUUUACCAUUAUUUAAUGGCAUUGUAUCAGAUUUAUUUCCUGAUAUUGAUACACCAACAAUUGAUUAUUCCAAAUUUAAAGCUGCUAUUGAAACUGAACUUGCCGCACAAUAUUUACAAAGUACAGUUCAUACAGUCACAAAAGUUAUACAAUUAUUUGAAACAAAAAAUUCUCGACAUUCUGUUGUACUUGUUGGUUGUACACAAUCAGGUAAAACAGCUAUAUGGCAAACAUUAAAACGUUCAAUGACAAGAAUAGCAACACAAGAUUCAUCAGAUUCAUUAUUUCAACGUGUACAAGAAUAUCCAAUUAAUGCUAAAUCAAUAUCAAUUAAUGAACUUUAUGGAGCAUCAGAUUUAGCAACUGGUGAAUGGAAUGAUGGUAUACUUUCAAAUAUAAUGCGAACGGCUUGUGCAGAUGAUAAAUCUGAUCAAAAAUGGAUUUUAUUUGAUUGUCCUAUUGAUGCUGUUUGGAUUGAAUCAAUGAAUUCCGUUAUGGAUGACAAUAAAAUUUUGACAUUAACUAAUGGUGAACGUAUUGCUAUGCCAGAACAAGUUACACUUCUUUUUGAAACUGGAGAUAUGGCUGUUGCAUCACCUGCUACAGUUUCACGUUGUGGUAUUGUCUUUUGUGAUUAUGAUAAUCUUUCUUGGCGUCCAUUUAUAACUAGUUGGAUAAAUCGAAAACCAAAAGAAUAUCAUGAACCAUUAACAUAUUUAACAAAUAAAUAUUUAAAACCUAUCAUACAAUUUAAACAACAAAAUUGCAAAGAAUUAAUUCCAAUAGCUGAAUUAAAUGGUGUACGUUCAUUUUCUUAUUUAUUUGAUUCAUUAGCAACAAAAGAAAAUGGUGUUGAUCCAGCUGAUGAAGAUAAUUUUUCACGUUUAACUGAAUUAUGGUUUUUAUUUUCAACAAUAUGGUCUGUUUGUGCAUCAGUUGAUGAAGAUAGUCGUAAAAAAAUAGAUGCAUUUGUUCGUGAAUUAGAAGGUACAAUACCAAAUAAAGAUAGUGUUUAUGAAUAUUAUGUUGAUCCUAAACAACGUGCAUGGUUAUCAUGGGAAGAUAAAUUACGUUCAGGUUGGAAAUUAAAUUCUGAUAUACCAUUCUAUAAAAUAAUUGUACCAACUGUUGAUACAAUACGUUAUAAAUAUCUUGUAUCAGCACUUAUUAAACAAGGACAUCCAUGUUUAUUAUGUGGUCCUGUUGGUACAGGUAAAACAUCAGUUGCACAUGCUGUUAUGUCAGAAUUAGAUGCAAGAGAAUAUUCAACAUUAAUUAUAAAUAUGAGUGCACAAACAUCAUCAAAUAUUGUACAAGAAAUUAUUGAAGCACGUGUUGAAAAACGUGUUAAAGGUGUUUAUGUACCAAUUGGUGGAAAGAAAUUAUUAAAUUUUAUGGAUGAUUUUAAUAUGCCAGCUAAAGAUGAAUAUGGUUCACAACCACCAUUAGAAUUAUUAAGAUUAUGGCUUGAUUUUGGAUUUUGGUAUGAUAGAAAAAAUCAAACGGUUAAAUAUAUUAAAGAUAUGUUAUUAUUAACUGGUAUGGGUCCACCUGGUGGUGGUCGAACAGUUAUUAGUCCACGAUUACAAAGUAGAUUUAAUUUAAUUAAUAUGACGUUUCCAUCAGCUACAGAAAUUCGUCGAAUAUUUGGUUCGAUGAUUUCUCAACGUUUAGCAGAUUUUGAUGAUGAAUUUAAAACAUUACCAGAUGCAUUAACAUCAGCAACAAUUGAAAUGUAUGAAACAAUUGUACAAAAAUUUUUACCAACACCAACAAAAAUUUAUUAUUUAUUUAAUUUACGAGAUAUUUCAAAGAUUUUCCAAGGUUUAUUACGUGCUGAUAGAAAAUUAAUUACAUCAAAACAGACAAUGAUUCGUUUAUGGAUUCAUGAAUGUUUUCGAGUUUUUGCUGAUCGACUUAAUGAUGAUAAAGAUCGUGAGCAAUUUAGUGCGAUUUUAAGUGAAAAAUUAGGUACUCAUAUGGAUGUAACAUUUCAUUCAAUAUGUCAAAAUCGAAUUCCACCAGCAUUCGGUGAUUUUGUUAAUCAAGAUGAAAUUUAUGAAGAUUUAUUGGAUUUUGAUAAAUUAAAAAUUCAUAUGGAAAAAGUUCUUAAAGAUUAUAAUGAAACACCAGGUACAGUUCCAAUGGAUUUAGUUCUAUUUCGUGAUGCUAUAUUACAUUUAACACGUAUUGUACGUGUUAUUCGACAACCACGAGGUAAUAUGCUUUUAAUUGGUAUUGGUGGAUCUGGAAGACAAUCAUUAGCUAAAUUAUCAUCAUUUAUAUGUAAUUAUGCUGUAUUUAAAAUUGAAAUUGCAAAAAAUUAUCGUCGAAAUGAAUUUCGUGAAGAUUUAAAACGUUUAUAUAAACAAGCAAGUGUAUCAAAUCGUGAAACAACAUUUAUAUUUGUUGAUACACAAGCUGUUGAAGAAACAUUUUUUGAAGAUAUUAAUAAUAUUUUAAGUUCAGGUGAAGUACCAAAUCUAUUUCGUACAGAUGAACUUGAAGAAAUUAAAACAUCAAUGGCAGCAGAAUUAAAAAAAGAAGGAAUUGAUGAAGAUAAUAAUCAAGAAGUUUAUGCAUUUUUACUUGAUCGUGUUAAAGCAAAUUUACAUAUGGUUGUUUGUAUGAGUCCUGUUGGAGAAGUUUUUCGAAAUCGUAUUCGUAUGUAUCCAUCAUUAGUUAAUUGUACAACAAUCGAUUUAUUUGCUGAUUGGCCACAAGAUGCUUUACUUGAAGUUGGUGAACGUUACCUCUCUCAAAUUGAAUUAGCUGGUGAUGAAAAGUUUCGUCCAUCCAUUGCUCAAAUAUUUGCUACAGUACAUAAUUCUGUUUAUCAAUGUUCAAUACAAAUGUGGAAUGAAAUGCGUCGACGAAAUUAUGUAACACCAAGUAAUUUUCUAGAAUUAACAACUGGUUAUAGAAAACUUUUGUAUGAAAAACGUAAAGAAUUAUGUGAUGCACGUGAUAAAUUAACAAAUGGUUUAGGCAAAAUCGAAGAAGCCAAAGUUCAAGUAACAGAAAUGUCAGUUGAACUUGAAAAGAAACGUGCUUUAGCUAAUGAAGCACAAAAGAAAUGUGAAGAAUCAUUAGGUGGUCUUGUUAAUGAACAGCGUGAAGUUGAACAGAGUAAAGCAACAGUUGAAAAAUUAAAAGAACGUGUUAAAAUUGAUGAAGAAAAAGCAUCAACUAUUGCUCAAGCUGCUCAAGAAGAUUUAGCAGCUGCUAUGCCAGCACUUGAAGCAGCUAAUACAGCUUUACAAUCCUUAACUAAAAGUUCAAUUACAGAAGUUAAAAGUUAUGGACGACCACCAGUACCUGUUGAAAAAGCACUAGAAGCUGUUAUGAUUCUUAGAAGUUCGGAACCAACAUGGGCAGAAGCUAAACGACAAUUGGGUGAUACAACAUUUAUUAAUCAAUUAAUUGAUUUCGAUAAAGAUAAUAUUCCAGACAAAAUAAUUAUGAAAAUAGGAAAAUAUACAUCUGAUCCAUUAUUAUCACCACAAGAACUUUUGCGAGUAUCAGUUGCUGCUGCUGGUCUAUUUGCAUGGGUACGAGCUAUGGAAGAUUAUUCAAAAAUAUUCAAAACAGUCAAACCAAAACGAGAUCGUUAUGAAGCAGCUAUGGCUGAAUUAAAUGAAAAACGAGCACAAAUAGCAGAUGCUGAAAGACAAAUUCAAGAAGCACAAAAACGUCUUGAUGAAUUACGGGCUAAUUAUGAAAAACAAAUGGCCGAAAAAGAACAAUUACGUCGUGAUUGUGAACAUAUGCAAAUGAUGCUUGAAAAAGCUUCUCGUCUUAUUAAUGGUUUAGCAAGUGAAAAAGUUCGUUGGGAAGCAACUGUAGCUGAUCUUGAACAACAAAUAAGUUAUGUUACUGGUGAUUGUUUAUUAGCUGCUGCUUUUCUUUCAUAUAUGGGUCCAUUUCUUUCACAAUAUCGUGAUCAUAUGAUGAAUGAAAUUUGGUUUAAAGAAAUCAAAAAAUUAUCUAUACCAUGUAAUCCAUCAUUUAAUUUUGCAAAUUUUCUAUCUAUACCAACACAAGUACGAGAUUGGAAUAUUCAAGGUUUACCAUCAGAUACAUUUUCAACUGAAAAUGGUGUUAUUGUUACACGUGGGACACGUUGGCCAUUAAUGAUUGAUCCACAAGCUCAAGCCAUAAAAUGGAUAAAAAAUAUGGAAAUGUCAAAUAAUCUACGUAUUAUUGAUCUUCAAACACCAGAUUAUUUACGUAUUAUUGAAGAGUGUAUUCGUUCUGGUCGUCCAUGUCUCUGUCAAAAUGUUAAAGAAGAACUUGAUCCAUCUUUAGAUCCUGUUUUAACACGUGCUGUUAAACGUAUUGGUGGUGUUGAUAUUUUAAAAUUAGGUGAUCGUGAAGUUGAAUAUAAUAAAGAUUUUCGAUUUUAUAUGACAACUAAAUUACCUAAUCCACAUUAUGCUCCUGAAAUAUCUUCAAAAGCUAAUAUAAUUAAUUUUGCUGUAAAAGAACAAGGUUUAGAAUCUCAAUUACUUGGUAUUGUUGUACGAGAAGAAAAACCUGAAUUAGAAGCUGAUAAAGAUAAAUUAGUACGUGGUAUUGCUGCUGGUCGAAAGAAACUUAUUGAACUUGAAGAUCAAUUAUUAAGAUUAUUAAAUGAAACAAAAGGUUCAUUACUUGAAAAUGAUGAAUUAUUAUCAACACUUGAAAUAUCAAAACAAACAGCUAAAACUGUACAAGAACAAUUAGUAACAUCUGAAGCAACAGAAAAAGAUAUUGAUGCUGCUCGAGAAAAUUAUCGACCAUGUGCUGAACGUGCAUCAAUAUUAUUUUUUGUUCUCAAUGAUUUAGGAAAAAUUGAUCCAAUGUAUCAAUUUUCUUUAGAUGCUUAUAUUGAUUUAUUUAAUACAUCCAUUAAAAAAAGUCAAAAAUCUGCUAAACUUGAAGAACGUUUAAAUAAAUUAAAUGAUUUUCAUACAUAUGCUGUUUACAAAUAUACUUGUCGUGGUUUAUUUGAAGCACAUAAAUUACUUUUUUCAUUUCAAAUGUGUGUUAAAAUUCUUGAAGCUGCUGGUAAAAUAAAUAUGGAUGAAUAUCAAUUUUUCUUACGUGGUGGUAUUGUUCUUGAUCGUGAAUCACAAAUGGAUAAUCCAAAUCCUCAAUGGUUAGCUGAUUCAUCUUGGGAUAAUAUAACAGAAUUAGCUAAAUUAGCAAAUUUUCAUGGUAUUAUUGAAUCAUUUGAACAAUAUCCAAGAGAUUGGUUUCAAUGGUUUCAAUCGGGUGAACCUGAAAAUACACCAAUGCCAGGCGAAUGGGAUUCAGUAAAUGAAUUACAAAAAAUGUUAAUUGUUAGAAGCUUACGUUCAGAUCGUGUACCAUUUUGUGUAACAAAAUUUAUCAUUAAUAAUUUAGGCUCGAAAUUUGUUGAACCACCUAUUCUUGAUUUAAGUUCUGUUUAUGAAGAUUCAUUACCUAAAACACCAAUUAUAUUUGUUUUAUCACCUGGUGUUGAUCCAUCAGCUAAUUUAUCUGCUUUAGCAGAAAAAAUGGAUUUUAGAAAAAAUUUUCUUCCAUUAUCACUUGGUCAAGGACAAGCACCAAUAGCUACACAGAAUAUUGCUGAAGGUAUUCGUUUGGGUCGAUGGGUAUUUCUUGCAAAUUGUCAUUUAUCAUUAUCAUGGAUGCCUGAUUUAGAAAAAAUUGUUGAAAAUCUUUCAAUUGAAAAAGUUCAUCCACAAUUUCGUUUAUGGUUAUCAUCAUCACCAUCACCACAAUUUCCUAUAUCAAUACUUCAAUCUGGUAUUAAAAUUACUACGGAACCACCAAAAGGUAUUAAAGCAAAUAUGAAACGUUUAUAUGCAAUAAUUGAUGAACAAGAUUUUGCUGAGAAAAGUCGUCAAGCUCGUCCAGAAAAAUAUAAACGUUUAUUAUUUUGUCUUUGUUUUUUUCAUUCAUUAUUAUUGGAACGUAAAAAAUUUCUUCAACUUGGUUUUAAUAUUAAUUAUUCAUUUAAUGAUUCAGAUUUUGAAACAUCAAAUUUAAUUAUGGGUAAUCUAUUACGUGAUCAAGACAUGACACCAUGGAAAGCAAUGAAAUUUAUUAUAUCAAAAAUCAAUUAUGGUGGUCAUGUUACAGAUACACGUGAUAUGCGUGUAUUAAAUACAUAUAUUGAAGAUUUAUUUAAAGAAGAAGUUAUUGAUCCUCAAGUACAAUAUUUUAAAUUAACAAAAUUACCUAAUUAUUAUGUACCACGUGAUGGAACAUUAAAUGAAUAUAAAAAUGCUGUUGCAACUGUAUUACCAAAUUCAGAUCAUCCAGAAGCUUUUGGUCAACAUACAAAUGCUGAAGUUGCAUCACAAAUUCGUGAAGCACGAAUGUUAUUUGAAACAUUAUUAUCUUUACAACCACAAGUUGUUGCUGUACAAGGUAAAAAAACAACUGAAGAAGAAGUUAUGGAAAUGUCAACACGUGUACUAGAACAAUUACCUGAAAAAAUAGAUUAUAAUUCAACAGUUAAAAUUUUAUCUGAAGAUCAUUCACCAUUAAAAGUUGUUUUAUUACAAGAAAUUGAACGUUAUAAUUUAUUACUAGAUAUUAUACGACAAUCAUUAAUAUCAUUACAAAAAGGUAUUAAAGGUCUUGUUGUUAUGUCAUCAGAUUUAGAAGAAAUUUUUCGAUGUAUUCUUGAUGCACGUGUACCAACACAAUGGCAAAAAAUGUAUCCAUCAUUAAAACCAUUAGCAGCAUGGACACGUGAUCUUGUUCAACGUGUUGAUCAAUUAGCUAAAUGGGCUGAAAGUGCUCAUGCACCAGCUGUAUUUUGGAUGUCUGGUUUUAGUUUUCCAACUGGUUUUCUAACAGCUGUGAUGCAAACAACAGCACGAGCCACAAAAAUUAGUAUUGAUCGUUUAAUAUGGGAUUUUGAAGUGAUGAAAGUUGAAGAUAAUUAUUUACAAACACCUAAAGAUGGUGUUUAUGUCAAAGGAUUAUUUUUAGAAGGCGCAGGAUGGGAUAAGAAAAAUGCAUGUUUAAUUGAAGCUGAACCUAUGCAAUUAGAAGUAUCGAUGCCAACUAUUUUAUUUCGACCUGUAGAAAAUAAGAAAAAAUCUAUAGCAACUGAAGAAGAUCGAGAAAAAAAAACAGAUGUAUAUUCAUGUCCGGUUUAUUAUUUUCCAAAUCGUGCUGGUGGCUUUGGUCAUCCAUCAUUUGUUGUUGAAGUUAAUCUGAAAACGCCACAUUUUCUAAAUAGCCAUUGGGUAAAACGUGGCACUGCAUUACUGAUGAAUUUAGAUAGAUAA